AAUUUUUAUAGCAGUUAGAUAAAAUGGAGUUCUAAUUAGUUCUUGAUUGAACCGAUUACGUGUAACAUAGCACUUGAAGUUGGCACAAAAUGGAUGCUGCUUGCAAAUAUAUCAGUUUCAACUAAACAUCGAUUUACAAAAUGGGAAAUCAAUUAGUCGGUAUCGCGCCUAGUCAAAUAUUUCCAGUAGAACACUAUUUGACAGACCAUAGUGACUUAUUAUUCGAUGUAAACUUAGGAAGUACUAGAUUUUUUAAAGUAGCACGAGCCAGGAGUCAAGAAGGUCUUAUAGUAGUUAAAGUUUUUGCUAUACAUGAUCCAACACUUCCACUUUCUGCUUACAAAGAAAAACUUGAAGAAAUUAGAUAUAAAUUAGCAUCUGCUGUAAAUUGCCUACCUUUCCAAAGAAUGAUUCUCACAGAAAAAUCAGGAUCGAUAAUGAGGGAAUAUGUAAAGUAUUCCCUUUAUGAUAGAAUUAGUACCAGGCCAUUUUUAACAAGUAUAGAAAAGAAGUGGAUUACAUUUCAAGUUUUAUAUGCUUUACACCAAGCUCAUAAGUUUGGAGUCUGCCAUGGUGAUAUAAAAUUAGAAAACAUUAUGAUAACCAGUUGGAACUGGAUUUUGCUCACAGACUUUGCAAGUUUUAAACCAACUUACUUACCUGAAGAUAAUCCUGCUGAUUUUUCGUACUUUUUUGACACAUCUAGAAGAAGAACAUGUUAUAUAGCUCCAGAACGGUUUGUGAAAACAUUGUCUUCUGAAUUAAGCAAUACAUUAUUAUUAUCAGAACAAGAACUGAAAACAGGUGACUUACAUCCAAUGAUGGAUAUUUUUUCUGCAGGCUGUGCAUUAACAGAAUUAUAUAAUGAAGGACAUCCACCAUUUGAUUUUUCCCAACUAUUAGCAUAUAGAAACAAUGAAUAUUCAGUGAGCAAGCAUUUGGACACAAUAGAAGAUACAGGAAUACGUGAACUCCUUAUAUCUAUGCUAGAAAGGAAUCCAACAAACAGAAAAAGUGCUGAGAUUUAUUUAGCUCAAGCCCGUGGAACAGUAUUUCCAGAAUAUUUUUAUUUAUUUCUUCAACCAUAUAUGCUUAUUUUUUCUGCUGCACCAAUUUUAUCACCUGACGAAAAAAUAAAUAGACUUAAGAAAGAUAUUGGUAAUAUCAUCAACAUUUUAAAAGCAGAAGAAAAUGAAAAAGUAAAAAGUGACAUGAAAAAUACAGAUGUUACAAAAAGUAGACAAUUUGAAAAUAAUAUAGAAUCAACCAAGGCUGAUUCUGGUCAUAGUGAAGAUAAUACUAUUGUAGAAGUUGAAAGUGAUCAAAGUUUUGAUAAAAGUGAUUUAAAUCAAAUUGACCAAAAAACUGUUCCCAUUCAAGAGACAAAGUGUGACAGUCAAACAGAUCAGCAAUCAAAAGCUAAAUUAAAUGAAGGUCAAAAACAGAAUGUAGAUUUAAAAAAUGAAACAAAUGAUUUGCCUUCAGAGCCAGUUGAAGGAUUGGUUAUUAUUACGCAGCUCGUUACCUCGUGUAUACGAGGUUUACAUCAUUCGCAAUCUAAAUUACAAAGUUUAGAAAUAUUACUCGAGCUUGCUGAAAACACAUCAGAUGAAACAAUAUUAGAUCGAAUUUUACCUUAUAUUUUUCAUUUAGUUCAUGACCCUGCCCCACGAGUACGAGUAUCAGCCAUACAUACUCUGACAAAAUGUUUGCAUCUUGUAAAAUCAAUUCCACCAUCAGAUGUAAACAUCUUUCCAGAAUAUAUUCUACCUGGUUUGGCACAUAUCACACAAGAUGAAGCAGUAAUUGUUAGAGCUGCUUAUGCAGAGAAUAUUGCACAUUUAGCACACAUUGCUUUACGUUAUUUAGAGAAUGCCCACUUAUCUAAUUUAGGUAACAAAGAAGGUCCAAAACCAAGUUAUGAUAAUGAACUUCAAACUUUGCACGAAAUGGUGCAACAAUCUGUGUCCAUGUUAUUAACAGAUCCUCAAAAUUUGGUAAAACAGACAUUAAUGGAAAACGGAAUAAAUAAAUUAUGUAUAUUUUUUGGAAAACAGAAAGCCAAUGAUAUUUUGCUCAGUCAUGUUAUUACUUUUCUAAAUGAUAAAGAAGAUAGAGAGUUAAGAGGUUCUUUCUUUGAAUGUAUUGUUGGUGUUGCUGCUUAUGUUGGUUGGCAUAGUAGUCCUAUUCUUAUGCCUCUUCUUCAACAAGGAUUGGCAGAUUCUGAAGAAUUUGUAACAACAAAGGCUAUUAAUGCAAUGGCAACUCUCACAGAAUUAGGCCUCUUACACAAAUCUGCUCUUUAUCAACUUUUAUAUGAAACUAUGGUCUUUCUAGUACAUCCAGAUUUAUGGAUAAGGCAUGCGACUGUUGGUUUUAUAUCUGCAGCGGCGAGGACACUUAAUUUAGUAGAUGUUCAAUGCAAAGUUCAAUCAAUGAUUCAACCAUAUUUAAAGCAUCCAUUAAUUCAAAUAGAGAAAGAAAUUUUAUUAUUAGAAGCUUUGGUAUCUCCUAUACCAAGAAUUGUUUACGACGCUGUCAUAAAAUACAACGAUAUAGAAGAAUUAUUUCAAGUUCUCGAGCAAAGGCAAGCUGCUCGAGCUAAAGCAGCAACAGGAAUAAUACCACAAUAUAGCGAAAUGAGUACCUCAUUACGAAAUCUUUUCAGGCGAUUAAGUUCAGAAUCAAUGACUGAAAUUGUUGAAGAUCAGUUAUUGAUAAUGGAACCUCAUUUAAUAAAAAUCAAUAAGUAUCGAAAUUUAAUGGAUACAAAGUUAAAUACAUCUAAAUCGAUAGAUGGAAAAUUAGAAUUAAAUACUAUGAAAGACAGGAUACGGCAUCAUAUAGUAAUACUAUAUCCUGAUACAAAAGCCGAUUUAGGUCUUCCACCAUUUAAACGAUUAGAUCGUAGAACAUCCGAUGGUGUUGGUACAUAUGCAGCCAUGAAUCAAGAAUGGCGUACAAUGUUUGCAGCUCAAGAUAAUAUCCAACACGCCGUUAAAAUGUCAGAUAUGGCGGGAAGUAGCGGGAGUCCUAAUCACAGUUUACAUGGAGGAGAUAUCCACCUGUCACCGCAGCAUAGUUUAUCUGAUAUGAACAGCAUAAAUGAUCACUCCCUUCCUGAGCGUUCAUAUAUUCAAUACAGAUGUGCACCUUGUAGAUUAGAAGUAAGACAAUUAACGUACAGGAAACAAGAGCAACACGCUGCAGCAUUAAGAGCACAACAUUGGGCUGAUAAUAUUGCAUGGCAAGCUGGUUCGAGAUUAUUACCAAGCGGAUGGAGGCCGCGAGGAGUACCAGUUGCGCAUCUUCACGAACAUAGAGCUGCAGUGAAUAGGCUAGUUUCUAUACCAGAUACUAGCUUAUUUGCUAGUAGCUCUGCAGAUGGAUGCAUAAAAAUAUGGGAUGCAAGUAAAAUGGAAGGUCGAAAUAUCGCUAAUCGUUCUAGGCAAACUUACAUGCAUAAAGGUGGUCCACUAGUUGGUUUAGCUAUUUGUGAUCAGGGACAAUCAUUAGCAAGUUCUGCUAGCCAGUCCGGUACGGUAUUUGUUUUACGAAUUGAAUCUAAUUCUAGUAAAACGAGUAUUAUUGGUACCAGACAAUUAGAUCUUCAGGAAGAAGGAUGUGCAGUUGAUCUGCAGUAUCUAGACUCUGGUUCCCAGUCGGUUCUUGUAUACGCGUCUCUAUAUGGUUCAUUGGUAGGAUGGGAUUUACGAUGUCCUGGUACAACAUGGCGAUUAGAAAAUGAUCUAAAACACGGAGUAAUUACCUCAUUUUGCGUAAACAAUUAUCAACAAUGGUUGACUCUUGGCACAAGUUCCGGCGUACAUACGUGUUGGGACUUGAGGUUUCAAUUACCAAUAACCAGUAUUAAACAUCCUACAAAUGCAAGAGUAAGAAAAGUAAUCACACACCCUACGGAACAUUCGUGGAUUAUUUCGGCUGUGCAAGGAAACAACGAAAUUUCAAUGUGGAAUCUGGAAACUGAUUUUCGACAAAUGGUUCUUUGGGCAUCAAGUGCACCUCCUCUAAGUCAUUCGCAAGGUGGUCACAGUGUAUGUGCAAUGUAUUCCGGCUGUAUAGAUCGUUCGGGUUUCUUAUUAGCUGGUGGAACUGAUAUGAGAUUGCGGUUUUGGGAUUUAAAUACACCCAAUGAAUCGUAUGUUGCACUGCCUGCUGCAAAUGAUGUUACUCCUCCAAAUUCAUUGGCAUAUGAACAACGUUUAAUCGAUGGAACCAAUGUAGUACAAGAAGUCUUAGCUGGAGGUGGUCCUUCGCCAUCAUCCGGUGGAGGUAACAGUAUUAGAACGAGAAAUUCUGAAGAAGGUGGUCAGGGUCCAGAAACUCCACCUUCGGGACAUCACGACACUAUUUCCGCAGUAGCUAUGUCAAAUACAUGUAUUCUUACUGGUAGUACAGAUGGAUUAAUACAAGUUUGGAAAUGAUUGAUUUCUUUUCCAUCAUGUCGCGUUCCAAAACUACAUUCAGUGUACAAAUUUUUGUAAUGCAUCACAGAUUUAUUCUGGAAAAAAUAAUUUGAUCGAACAUCGAGAUUUUUAUGA